ACUACACCUAGAGAAUAGAAGGUGCCUUGAUGCUGUUUCGACCUAUGGAUCCUCAGAAUCUUUGAAGUAAAUCAUCUGGUUUGCACAAUAAAUUUGCGCAUCUAAACUAUGCUCAAGUCUACUUACGCCCCUCCUCCGCUGCCACCAGGGUGGACUGAGCACAAAGCACCAUCAGGGCACAUAUAUUACUACAACUCUCAAACUAAACAAUCGACAUAUACUAGGCCUCAGCUAGUUGCCGUCCAGCGUCAGCCGUCCACACCGACCGUUACCAAUGCCCCAUUUCUCACGCCCGAUACUCUACCACCUUUUUCAUCAACACCUUAUGCACCCCAUGGAUACAAUGUACAGCCGUAUGGGGCUUCGGAUCAUGGACAAGCUCGUGGUGGUUUCCGGGGAGGAAAGUCGUACCAUGACCGUCGCCGCAAAGGACCAGAGGACCGUCCAAAAUCCAAACAUGCCAUUCCUGGAUGCGAACCCUGGGUGCUGGUAAAAACAAAGCUUGGGAGGAGGUUUGUUCAUAAUACGGAUACAAAUGAGAGUUUUUGGAAGUUUCCAGCAGAGGUGAUGAAGGGCGUGGUAGAGUAUGACCGGCUAGAGCGAGAGAAGAAGGAGAAAAGUAUGCACAAAGAAGAGGAGGAAGAAGAAGAAGAAGAAGAAGAAAGAGAAAGAGAAAAAGAGGUAGAAAAGGCCGAGACACGCAAACCUGUGGCUGACGCGGGUGGUGAGCGUGAAAACUUUGAAGACGCCAUCUCUGGGAACUUUGAAGAGGACAGUGAUGAGUACGAAGAAGUCGAAGUCACAGACAGCGAGGGUGAAGGAGAAAGCUAUCCUUUGAAAAGAGCAAGGACUGGAAGUGAGAAAAACCAACAGGGGCUUGUCGAGUUCACUGAGGAGGACAUUGAAUACCAACUAGCAGCGAUGGGGCAAGAUUACGGGCUAGACCCUGGUGAAUAUGGAGAGCCCGGCGAAGAAGAUUGGGAAGAAGGAGCAGAAGGCCUUCCACUCACACAUGAAGACGCUGCAGCCCUAUUUCGUGAUCUUCUUGACGAUUACAGCAUCAACCCAUUCUCAACAUGGGAGAAAAUCGUCGAAGAAGGCCGCAUCAUCGAGGACACCCGUUAUACCGUACUACCAAAUAUGAAGGCACGCCGUGAGGUGUGGUCUGACUGGACUCGAGAUCGAAUCCAGGAAAUAAGAGAGCGCAAAGAAAUGCAGGAGAAACAAGAUCCACGCAUCAAAUAUCUUGCUUUCCUCCAGGACUACGCAACCCCGAAAUUAUAUUGGCCAGAAUUCAAGAGGAAAUAUAGAAAGGAACCGGCGAUGAAGGAUUCCCAGCUGUCAGAUAAAGAUCGAGAAAAGUUCUACCGCGAUCUGGUCUCACGGAUGAAAUUGCCGGAAAGCACUCGAAAGUCCGACCUCUCCUCCCUUCUUAAAUCGAUCCAGCCGCAUGAGCUGAACCGGGCUUCGAAUUUGGAAGCACUUCCGCCAACCGUUAUAACCGACCUUAGAUUUAUUGCUCUGUCACCCAAAGUGCGUGACCCACUAAUAGAGGCAUAUAUUUCGACAUUACCGGCUGCGCUGGCAGAGAACAUUACCCCAGAGCAGCGGGAAGAAUUGGAGAGGAAGAAAGUAGAACGUGAAAAACGUGAAAAAGCCUUAGCAGCGCGCGAAAAACAAGUGCAGGAUGACAAACGCAGGCAAAAGGGGGAGCUUGCUCGGGGCAGACAUCUCCUGCAAGAGGGUGAGGCAGAAAUCGAGCAGGCCAUGAAGGUCGGGAAGGCAGGGCUUCGAAGCUAUAUAAAGCCCGAAGAUGAAUAGUUUACAAAGGAGGAUUGAGUGUAGAAUACACGCGCUAUUCUAGCAUUGAGCAAUAAUCAG